UUGUCAUAUCCCUCGACAUUUAGGCUUAAUUGUCAGUUUGACGUUUUAGCAAUUGGAGCUCACGAAUACAAACAAAUGUAAUGAAACUAUAAAUAAAGCUACGACCGUGUGUCGAGUCCCUUUUUCCAUUUGGAACAUCAUACGAACAAGAAGACUUUUAUUUCCAAAACCGAUCCGUCUCUGCAGUAGUUAACAAGUUUUAUAACUGGCGACGGGGAAACAAGAACAGCGCGGCUGAUCGGAACAAUUACGUGCGUGGACGGUAAGGUGCGUGAAUUGGUCGUAUAAUCGAGCAGGAGGAAGCGGAAUAUUUGCUGGUUGGAAACCUCGUGCGGCGGCGUAAGCAGCAGCCAUUUUGUUUAACCUGCGGUGACGCCGGGUGUGUGUGUGCAGAUCUCGCUGGUCGGUGGAUUCCGUUUGACGGCAGGUGCUUGUGGCAUUCUGGUUUAGAGUGUGCUGAGUUUUGGGUAUAAGGGAUUGAGAGUGCAGAGUUGUCAGUGUGGGUGUCAUGGUGAGUGGAAUAAAGAUGGAAUGGUUGGCUCCCGUUUUGGUUAUGGAUAAAAAGUAAAUAGGUGUUUUAUUAUAGAACCGAGGAUGUCACAUUGGCGAUCCUGCCAUGACAAUGAUAAAUUGGUUGUUUUAAAAAUAAGUGUAGUGCAUUUGUAAGUAUGGUGGAAUAAAAUUGAAGGUAGCGUCAAAGAAAAAAAACAGAAAGAAAGGAUGAAGGAAAGACGGGAGUCAACGCAUUAGUGUGUUGCGGAGAUUUUUUUUAGGAAGUGUUGCCAGUAGAGCGGUUUGAGUAAGGCUAAACAGAUCAAAUAUUUAAAUUGAAUCGAGAAAUUAAAAGUGCAACAUGGAGUUAAACUUUCUGUCAAGCUGCUGUGAAGUUUUCCAUAACACUUGCGAAAGUUUCACUCCAUGUUACCGGCUCACAUCUCUCUUUUUAAUUUCUCGAUACUGAGCAGGAGGAAGUCCAUUGCCAGUUGCAUGAUUUGCUGAGCAGGUUAAGACCGUUGCCAGCUGUUGUUUUUUUUUUGUAUCACUGAGCAGGAUAAAGUCCAUUGCCAGUUGAAAGUAUUUGUUUUACUGACUGAGUAGGUGAAGACCAAUACCAGUUGCUGAGCAGGAUAAAGUCCAUUACCAGCUGUUGUUUUAUCACUGAGCAGGAUAAAGUCCAUUGCCAGUUGAAAGUAUUUGUUUUACUGACUGAGUAGGUGAAGACCAAUACCAGUUGCUGAGCAGGAUAAAGUCCAUUACCAGCUGUUGUUUUAUCGCUGAGCAGGAUAAAGUCCAUUGCCAGUUAGAAGUAAAUUGCUUGCGACGGUAGAGAAAAUUUUCAACAAUUUGCGGAAAAAAAAAUGGUUGGAUUAUAGUGAUAAACCAGAAAGUUGAAAAUAAAAAUAAAUAAGAGAUACUGGCUGCACUGCUGUUAUACUUGAUCGAGUAAGUCGACAUGACAGUCGAGGCGGCGAGGCAGUUUUUAUUUUCGUUCGUCGAUUGUGUUGUGGCAAAGUUUGCAGCCUUCUUCCGGUUCGGAAACGAGACAAAAAAUUUGUCAUUUGUCAGAGAGUGAGGGAAAAGGCUGUGUUCGGGCCAUUCAUCGUUGAGGCAUCACAAAAAUAAAAGCAUUCAGUUGCUACCCGCGUGCUUGAAAAGUCCAGUGAAGCAUUUUUGUUGAUUCUUUUUUUUCAAAACGGUUUUUGUUGUUUUUGCGUGAUUCGGUUGAGAUUCGCGAAAUUCAAGGACAUGAGUGGCAAGUGGAUCGAGACCGAUCUGUCGUCUGACGAAUCUGACGUCGAGGUUUUGCGGCCUGCCUCGGGAGCGCAGGAAGUCGGAGACCCACCCGUUCGAUCCCGGGAGGCCGAGUGGCUAUCGGGCUCGUGGCCUUUAAAGCCAUUCGAUGGCUCGCUGCUGCCGAACAACAGGAAAGCGGAGUGGGUCCGGUUCAGGGAUCAAUUCCUUCGGAUUGUUUCGUGCAAGGCGCCGGUCGAGGCGUCCACGCGGCUAACCGGCAUGAAGAUUUUCGCCGGCGAAUUUCUACUUGGGAUCAUCGAAAUGCAGCAAAAGUUGAUCGGCCCAGACUCGUAUGACGUAUUCUGGGAAACGGUGGAUGCACUCAAUAGGUACUUCAACCAGAUUUGCGACCCUGCGAAGGAACGUAUGAAGUUCAGAGAGAUGAAGAUGAGCGAGAAUGAACCGUUCGACGAUUGGAUUCUCCGGCUGGAGUUUCAAGCCAAGUAUUGUGACUUCGAGGGUAAACAGAGAGAAGAGGAGUUUUUGCAAGCAUUAUUGCGACGAUCUAUCCCGGUGAUUUCGAGCAAGCUGUACGAGUCUUCGGGCAUGCUGGGUAACGAUCUGCAAAAGAUCAUCAGUCACGGCAAGCAUUUGGACGAGAUAAGACGGGAGGCGGCUGAGGCUGCCAAGCAGCAACAGAAUGAAAAACUAGGCCAAGGUUCGGGUCUACACCAAGAGGAGGAGAGGUUCAAAGUGGUCAACGCGGUUCGUGUGGGUAAACCGAAGGCGGAACGUGCUCGUCAUGAUUCGGGUCGCCAAGUCAGGAACUACUCGGGCGGCCAGGGAAGGUACCGCGACUGGCCGAUGCGGCGAGAAGCCUGGGAGAAAAUGUCCGUGGCUAGCUGCUCCAGGUGCGGCCGAAUGCACGGUCCAAACGAUUGCGCGGCUUUCCGGGUGAAGUGCUGGAACUGCGGCUUUUGGGGCCAUUUUGCCGAGUUCUGCAAAAAUCCGAAGCAAGAGCAGAAAGGACCACGCGACCGCCGUUCCUAUCCGGAGUCGGUUAAGGAAGAGGCUCAGCGGAUUAACCAGUUGCUCGCUAAAGGUCAUGAGGCUCCACCAGUUUCGAAUGAUCCACGUUUCGUGUACUGUACGAUCGGGACGGAGAGGGUGCGUUUUCUAGUGGAUACCGGAGCCACUGUGAACACUGUCACGGUGGGCGUUUGGAAUGCGCUAAAGACUUGUUGUAGAUCUGUCCUACAUGAGGUGGAGGUCCAUCCGCAGGAGGUGUUGAGAGCUUAUGCAAAUCAGAGUCCUCUAGAAGUCGAGUGCUCGUUCAGAGCGUACACGGGCGUGGCGGGUCACAGUCAACCCUUCAAGUUAACUAAGUUCUUCGUUGUCCGGGGCACGGAGUUGUCUUUGCUCGGUUUUGGCACUUCCCAAGAGCUGGGAUUGAUACGGUUGGGACCUCUGAGCGAAGGAGAGACGCAGUCUACUGGGGUGCAAAAUGAAGGUGUAUACAGCGUGAAUGCGGAUGUCUCGGAGUUCCCGAAGGUUAAGCUGGCCCCUGUCAAAUUCAAGGUGGACGAAUCUGUAACGCCGAGGCAGAUUAUUCGCUAUAACAUUCCGAAGGCGUUCGAAAACGCCACCAACGAAAGGCUUCGAGCAAUGGAGAUCAGAAAUAUUAUAGAGAGAGCAGACAAGGAGGAUGACGUCAUCACGCAUGUGUCACCGUUGGUUUUGGUGCCGAAGGGUACGAAUGAUUUCCGGAUUGUGGUCGAUUACAGAGCUGUAAACAAAGCGAUCAUUAGAGAGCCGUACCCCAUGCCAUCGCUGGAGAAGAUUUGGGCAGAGAUUCCAAACGGUACGAUGUACUUUUCCAAAUUGGACCUUCGUGAUGCUUAUUUUCACAUUGAGCUGGACGAGUGUGUGCGUCAUUUCACCACGUUCAUGACGGCAAACGGUCUGAUGCGUUUCACGAGGUUACCUUUUGGACUCGCCAAUGCCCCGGAGCUGUUCCAGCGCUCGAUGGAGAAGCUGAUGAGCAAGUGCAAGAACAUAAUUGUGUACCUCGACGAUAUUCUGGUGUAUGGAAGGACGCUGGAGGAGCUGCGGGCGAACGUGGCCGUGGUCAAAGAAACUCUAGAAGGAAACAAUCUCACUAUAAACGAGGACAAAUCCGUGUACGAUCAGCAAUCAGUUGAGUUUUUGGGAUUCACCAUUGAUGGUAGUGGAAUUCUACCUACGGACAAGAAAAUUUCGGACAUUAGGCUGUUUCAACGUCCCAGGAAUACCUCGGAGUUGCGGAGUUUCUUGGGGAUGAUGACUUUUAUAAGUCCAUUUAUCCCUAAUUUCGCUCAUAAAACGAAGCCGCUUCGGGAGCUUCUGUCUACGGAAGCGAAGUUUGAGUGGAGUGAGGAGCGGCAAGCAGCAUUUGAGGCACUGAAGGAUGCUGCAGAGAACGAUUUGGUUAAACGUGGAUUUUUCAAUGAGAACGAUCCAACUGUGCUGUACACCGAUGCAUCACCCUGGGGAAUAGCUGGAGUGCUGACACAACAGGCGAGCGACGGGGAGGAGCGGCGGAUUAUUGCUUGCGCGUCGAAAAGUCUAACGGUUGCUGAGUGUCGUUAUCCGCAGUUACACCGUGAAGCGCUGGCGAUAAUCUGGGCAAUGGAAAGGUUUGCGUAUUAUCUUCUAGGAAGGUGGUUUACGUUGAGGUGCGACAGCGAAGCAUUGAUGUUUAUGACGAAGGUUAAGGGCAAGGACGUCGGGAAGCGGAUUUUGUCGAGAGCUGAAGGUUGGUUGCUGCGAAUGGAUCACUUCCAUUUCGAAUUUGAACACGUGUCGGGCACAAACAACAUUGCUGACGCGGCUUCCCGGAUAUGCGCUAGGCGCGACGAACCUCAGUUUGGUUUAAACAGAGAACCGCACGAGUUGUGCUUGGUCACAGCAGACCCAGGGGCUAUCAAUGAACAUUUGCUGGCGAUGACGUCAUCGGAAGUGAAGGAGGAGUUAUUGAAGGACAGCGAGCUACUUACAUUGAUCGAUUGGUUGGAAAAGGACGAAAAAUGGCCAGCGGAGAUCAUAAAAUAUCAAGCUUUCCAUCGUGAUUUGUUCAUGCAAAAUGGACUGCUAAUGAAGCAGGAGAAGAUCGUGCUGCCUAUUGUGUUGCGGUCUCGCGCGAUACGUGUGGCCCACCUAGGCCACCCGGGUAUGUCAACGAUGAAAAAUUUUUUGAGACAGGGGCUGUGGUGGCUGGGUAUGGACCGGGAGAUAGAAGAUUUUGUUCGCAGUUGUCCGGAGUGUCAAUUGGUUACCAAAACAAACAAUACGCUGCCGAUUACGUUGACCGAUCUUCCUGCUAAUCCGUGGGAUUACGUGUCGAUGGAUUUCUCAUCGGCGUCCGACAUCAACAGCUGGAAAGCGCUGGUCCUCACGGAUAACUACUCGCGAUUUUUGGUAGCGUUACCAAUGGAAAGGACUGAUGCAGAGGCUGUUAAAAGGGCGCUCAAGAAAAUUUUUAACACUUACUACAUUCCCAAGACCCUGAAGGCGGACAACGGACCACCAUUUAGCAGUGUUGAAUUGAAAACAUGGCUGCAAAGGGUGUGGGGUGUGAAACUGAUUCACAGUACGCCGCUGAACCCGACUGAGAAUGGUUUAGUUGAACGGAGUAUGCAGGGUAUAAAUAAAAUCUCAGCGAUUGCAAAGCUAGGUAAGAAGUGUUGGAAGGAAGCGUUAGCAGAAUAUGUGUCAGCUUACAACACGUGGCCGCACCAGGUGACAAAAGUCCCACCGGCCGAGUUAAUGUUCGGUCGAGUGGUGAGAGGCCUUCUUCCAGACGUGAGAACUGAGCGCUGCCAGCUGAUCGAUGAUGAGCUGCGGGACCGAGACCGGACGUCGAAAUUCGACCGGAAUUCCAGAGAGGAUAUCAAACGUAAAGCGUCUGGUUUAGAUUUAGCGAUCGGUGACACAGUUUUGGUUGCUCAAACAAAGCGGGACAAGGCGGAUACCCAGUAUAGAAAUGCGUUGCACAAAGUGGUGGCGAUAACCGGAGCUGGUCGAGUAACGGUCACUGAUUUGACUACAGGAAAGACUUACGAUCGCAACGCUAAAUGCUUGAAGAAGUUCAUCAGGCGGCAAAGUACUGAGCUGGAGGGGGAAGAAGAACCGGAGAAAGAGGAGGAAAUCGGCAGUCGCAGCGUAGGCGUUGCCAUUCCGGCGGCAUCAGACGGAAAGGAUUCGGAUGAGGAGCAACCUGUGUCGAAGCGCCGUAACGUCAGGGAGACUAAACGCCCAAGUAGAUAUUUAGACUAAGUUGAGAGGAGUUUUUAUCUCUGAAAGAGAUCGUGUGGUUAUACCGUUGAAUAUAAAAAAAGGAACAUGCUAGUUUGUUUUAGUCAAAGGGGAAGAUGUGGCAUUCUGGUUUAGAGUGUGCUGAGUUUUGGGUAUAAGGGAUUGAGAGUGCAGAGUUGUCAGUGUGGGUGUCAUGGUGAGUGGAAUAAAGAUGGAAUGGUUGGCUCCCGUUUUGGUUAUGGAUAAAAAGUAAA